CCGAAGGGACGAUAUCGUGAGACCGUCGGUUAUUGCGCGCGUUAGUCAAGACUCUUCCUGAAGGAACAACACUAUUCAAGCUGUGUAUCAAUUAUACUAGCCAUUUUUUGUUGUUGGAAAGAGAAAAGCUCUUGCCAAGCAUCAUCGAUCGUGUUUAGAAACAAGCGAAUUUCAUCAAUCAAAGUGUGAGCGUUUUCGAUUUUCGUUUAUGAACUAGACGCUCUCCGUUCCGUUGUUUGUAAGUGCGUCUAUUGUUCUGUCCGAUCAAUAGAAGAUCGAUCAUUAUCAUCGUCGUGAAUGAAUGGAUCCGCGCCCUCUCCGAUGGUCGUCGUCGUCAGUGUUCAUACUACUACUGUAAGUGCAGCAACUACCACCACUAGUGAGAAGAGUUUGGUGUAAAGAAUAAUAAUAAUAAUAACAACAACAGCAAAAGAGUGUGGGAGAUUGAUUGUGAUUGUCAGGCAGCCAGCCUAAAGCGAUAGAAAUUUUCAGUUCAGUGAAUUUGAUACUCAUCCGUCGACGUCGUAGCAUUCGCGUGUGUAGAUGUGUGCGUGUGUAUGAUUUUUAUGCUGCUGGUGCCCUCUGCAACAUAUCAGCAGUGGCCCUCGCUGUCUCUGUCUAUGCCUAUUAUAUAAGAGAAAGAGCAUAGCAGUUGCGGGGAAGCGGGCAAACGCGAUCCCGUCCCGGGUGUGUAGUCGUCGGUUCGUUGCGGAAAGCGGGAAAGAGGUGUGUUCCCUCAGGGAAAUCAUCAACGCGGGUUAGAGAGAGAUUAUUGUCGGAAGGCCCGUCGUAUAGUGUUUGUGUUUGUUUAGCAGUGUGUGUGUGCGUGCGUGCGUGCGCGGUGCACCGAGGGUCGAUAGAGGACGUGAAGGGCGCGCUCGAGUGUCCGCGUUCCCGGAAUAGUGUUUGUGCGCCCUCGGUUUUGGCCCUUGCAAGAAGGGACUGCCCGUCGCGUGCGGUUCGCUGUGUUUGUGCAUCAACAUAAUAUUCCGAUCUAUCCACACAGCAGGAAAGCAAGCAUACGUGUGCGCGCGCGCCCCCGUGUUUGUGUACGUGACAGGGUAACAUCAUUGGAAGAAGCACAGAAGAGAGAGAGAGAGGGGAGUCCAGGAAAAGAAGAAAAUUUUAUGUUGCCUGGAGCAUCAUCAAAAAAUAUGUUUUUCCUCCAUCGCGCGACCUAAAGCAGCAGUAGUGCCAAGGCUUGCGGGCAAGAUUUUGAAUGUUUCUUGGAAAUUGAAAUUUGUUCGCGAUCACGGUUUCCCGGUACCCACGGUAAACGGCAGCCCAACUUCCGGUGGCGGACGCGGGAUCGAUUCGCGACGGCGGAGGAAGUGAGGCGCGCGAACGAGUGGUGUGCAGUCUGAGUCUGUGGAAGCAGGCAGGUUCGUGGAAGUGCCAUUUCCGAGAAGUGAGAAUCAGAAAAGGAUACACACUGGCAGCAGCCACCACUUUGGGAUUACCAAAAACGGGUCGUGUGUGAAAACUGAAUUGUAAUCAACUUUUGUUCGUGUGCUUGAAUAUCGACGGAAAGAAUCUCGGCCACGAAACUAUGGAUUAUUUCCGGAUGCUGUAGGAACGUAAGACGUAAUCGAUUUCAUCCGUGUUAGAAGGUCAUUCGUGGCUUCUCCGGGAAUGAGAUUUGGGCUCGUGACAUACAGCGCGAGAGGCAUUGAUGCCAGGUCCGUCCGACAGAGAAGUGUACGAGGACUUCAGAGAAAGCUAAGGGAGCUUCAGAGGAGAGGAAAGCAAAAUUCAAGCGACAUUCAGGGUACUUCAGAGAGUAUUACCAAAAUUCAAGCUAACUUCAGCGUUACAGCUUCUUGGAUUAGCGCAGCAGCGGGUCGGGAUUGAAGAAAGAUGAACCGUAGCUACGGAUCGACCCUAGGUUAAGGCCGGCAACCCAAUGCAGUUCACAUCGCUGUCUGUAAGCAGCAGCAGCAGCAGCACUAACGAAAGAAACGAAAAUAGUCGGAUCAGUUUUCCGUCUCCCAGGUCCCCGAGAGUAACCAUCAAAACGGCUUCCAUAGGCGCCAAGAUGGCCCCGCACACGCAGGCCACAAAUCUAACGAUCAAACAGCAAUACCAACCCCACCAGUGGCCAUGGAACACAAGCAACGCUACCAAUAGCAAUAAUGUCCAAACAAAUAGCAGCAACACAGCCACUAGCAAUAGUUCUACUAUCAGCAACAAUCCACCUGCAGUCAAUACUCCAACGCAACAACUACAACAAUCGAAUAUGCAGCAACAGAACACUGCCGUGACUGCUUCCGUAUCGGUAACUCCGAUCAACAAGCUGAAACGCUUGCAACCGGCCCACUCGGAGGCCAGCGGCAAUACUCGAAGCAAUAGCACCAACACCAUCGCCAACGGUGCCAAACGAAUACGUACGACCAGUGUGGAGAAAGUUAACAAAUCGGUCGGCACCAACACGACUGGCCUUCCGGGUCCUCCCGGUCUGGUAGCGGUUGGUUCGGGUCUCAAUGCGGCCACUACCAAAAAGCUCACCCAGAUGGCAAUUGUCGCUGCCAGCAACAUCAACCAUCACCAGCAGAUCUCAGCCGCCGGUACAACGACGACCACCAUUACGAAGAACACGAAAAACUUCACUGCCAGCGGGAAUGCUGACCUCGCCAACGCGAACAAGAUAACAGGUUACUUCAAGUCCCAAAUGAAAACCACCAACACAUUUAAUAAUCUUAAGAAAAAUAUUAAAACUAUAGCGGGACGAGCCACGACGCUGAAGACGACCGAAGCGGAAGCGGAAAUCACCACCACCACCGAACUGAUGACAACCACAUCCACGGUGCUGCAGCAGAAAAGCAUCAUCAAGACGGCAACCGGUCCGAUCAAAACCAACAACUCUGCCAGCUUGGAGAAGUACCUAAGCCUGCUUCAGCAACAGCAGACCACCUCCAUCACUCCAGCGACCUCGCUGAAGAAGGUGGAACGCAAGACUGCGCGGAUAGCGCCAACCGUAUCGCUCACUCGCAAGGUAAGCCACAUGACCCAGGGAGGUCUCGGAGUUGGACAACCCAAAAAACCGGUCACCAUCGCUCCUCGCACUGCCGACCCCAAGAUGGGCAUGAACUUCAACCAGCAAAUCGUGGCCACGACUGCCUCGGCAGCAGUAUCAACUGGCAAUCAAAUCACCAAACAGCAGGAUCAAGUCGUCAAGUCAUCUCAGCCAACCGUCCUGCUAACUGCCAUACGAAUCCCUCAACAACAACAGCAGCAGCAGCAGCAGCAGCAACAGUCGACCCAAACACAACUGCAACAAUCCAGCCAAAAUCAGCAACAGAGCCAAACUCAGGCGCAACUACAAGCACAACAACAGUUCAAACAGGCAAUGCAUCAGCAACCCCAGAUCAACAGUCCACCGCGGACGCCGACCAAGCUGAGCUCGGCCGUUUUCCAAUUUCAUCCACAAACGACAUCCGUCAUGCCAAAUCUGGUCCAGAUACCAAAUCUCGUACCAACUCAACCGGUUUCAUCAGCAGCUGCCAAGCUGAACGUGCCUGUAGCUGUUUCUUCAACCACCAGCAGUCCUACCACUGCCAACAUCAUGAUGAAUAGCACCACGCAUGGACUGACUGCCGCCCGACUUAACAAUGGAACUACGCAACUCUUCAUGAACGGGGCCGUCAUCAAGCUGCACCAAAUACAACAGCAACAACAACAGGCGUUAACCUCCACCGGCCAGCACAUCCCAACUUCACAGCAGAACUUGACCAUGGAAACGGCAACCGUCAGUAUGGGUCUCAACGGUCUUCUCGCAAAGUCACCGGCACUUUCCACUGCUAGCAGCCCCAUCAGCACCAACCAACCCUCACAUCAGGCCAAGACCUAUGCCCUCCAUGCUCAGCAACCAACUCAGCUAUACCAACAGGCAAAUGCCUCUUCUGCAACGACCUUCACUUCACAGCCGCUAUACAUGACCCCAGGUGGACAAAUCCUCCUCAACGCAGCCGCUCUACCAACCAUGCUGGCCUCCGGUCUAACCGCCGCUAGUCUGCAACAGGCGCUGGCUCAAGCCGCUCAGGCCAACAUCCCUGCGCUGCAUCCGCUUCAACCCAGUCAACCUCAAUCAACACAGUUACCAAAUAUCACUGCCAUCAUCCAGCAGCAGCAGCAGCAGAACAACAUCCACCAUCACCACCACCACCACCACCAACAACAACAACAGCAUCAGCAAUCCCAGCAAGUUCUGCCAAACUUCCAUCAACUACUGGCGAACAUCCCACAGGCGGUUCUUCAAAACCUGCAAACAACCGCCAAGCUCGGUCAGACUCCACAAUUCGUUCCUAUUCCCUCAAACCUGUUCCUAAACCAACAAACCCCAACCUCCUUUACCAGCAGUUCAUCUACAUCGUCGUUCACAUCUCCAAUUACGAUCUCAACGUCGACGAUUCCCUCCGGAUGCACAACCAUGGCGCAACCACUAUCGCCACCUCCCCUCGUUGCCACCGUUCCAACCUUCUGCACCACCGCCAAACCCAUCAUGAACACCUUGAACAACCAAAAAAUCAUCAUCGCCUCGACGACCAGCAGCACCUCCACCAAACCACCUCCGGCGAUCAAACCGAUCUCCAGCAGCGAGCCGCCCAAGCUGGUCCCGGUGCAGCUGAACAAACCCUCGAUCUCAAUCACCCCGGUUAUCUCGAAUCCACCGAAACUGGUCCAACAAUCGGCCCCAGUUCCCAAACUUGUCCUAUCGGCAUCGGUAGCAACCAAAGCAACAUCCAUGACUCCCAUCAAGGAGAUUCCGAAACCAAAUCUAACCCUGUCGCAGCCGCCAGCCUUGGCUCUGGCUUCCUGUACCCCGCCAGCACCGGCAAUGACGCCUCCGUUAAUGACCGUUCAAUCGCCCGUCACUUCUCCGAGGGCCAUCGACAACAAGUCACCACCGGCCCUUAACCCCCUAACUUUGGACUGUGGCAGCAUCAGCAACGACAGCGGCAUCGUCGCCAACUCCAGCGACACCGAGGACAAGUCUCUCACCAUCGAUCUCUGCUCACCGGGAUCCCCAGAUUCAUCUCUACAGAAAAAGGAUGAUGAAUCCCGCGAAGAAUCAACUCCACCACCGUCCCCACUUUCACCUUCUCCAGAACCACCAACCGUUGUGGCCGACCCGGAGCCGGAACCCGAAGAACCAAAAAUCGAUGAAUCAUUUGCAGACUUCUCAGACCCAGAAGAGCCGCAACCAUCCCCACCACCACUGUGUCUACUACUACCACCUCCGACAAUCGAAACCGAAUUUUUGGACUCGUCCAGUCUACCUCCCUGCCAAAAAUCUCCGAAGAGCCUGCUCCUGGAGCAAAUCAAGCUCAAACUGCCGGAGCAACCGGAUGACCAACUUCAGGAAUCCAUGUCCUCCGAUCAGGACUACAGCAACCAAAGCCCAUCGGAUGAAUCCGGCCAAACUGGAUCGGCCGAACCAUCGGAAUCUCACCGCUCCACCACGCCGGCAGACCUGUCGCCGCCGAGCAUCGAUACGGAUUUCCUCAACGUACCACCAAUGAUGGAGUGCGCCAAGAGUCCCAUCCUGUCGCAGCCGAAAACAAUUCGCUUCCCGGCCAUGAACGGAGUCCACCACAACUUUGGCCGCAAGGGCUUCCGGCGGCUUUCGGAUGGCCGCCUGUUCGGGGUGUGCUACUGGAGCAACUGUGACGUUCAGUUCGAUAGCAGCUCGAAGCUGUUGGACCAUUUGCAGAUCCAGCACGUCAACAGCCAGACGGGACCGUUCGCUUGCCUCUGGGAUGGUUGCAAGGUGCACAACAAGGAGUCAUGCAGCCGAAGGUGGUUGGAGCGGCACGUGCUAUCGCACGGUGGAACCAAACCGCACAAGUGCAUCGUAGCCGGUUGUGGCAUGCGAUUCGGAUCGCAGUUGGCACUGGAGAAGCACGUGAAUAAUCAUUUCAACAAUACGGACAACAUCAUUGCGGGCAAGCGAUCGUCGGAUCCGCCACUGCCCAAGGUAUUACGCAAGACUGGUAAAAAGCUACGAUAUCGACGUCAACCGUGGUCAGCCCGCCGGUUUGACUUUUUCGAUAUCGGAGUGAUGGAGGGUCUGCAGCAUAGACUGAUUAUGGCCGGCAGUGUGGCCAGCGCUCGCCGGGGUACGGUGACGUUCCGUGGACAGGCCGCAGGACGGCGUGUCACAGGUACCGGAGCGGAGGUGUUCGUCAAAUGGUACCCGAGGGAAAUCAUCUCUGACGACUGGAUCCCGGAGGCGGAAGUGUCCCUCACGAAAGAGAUCUCAAUCUACGAGCUCAGUCCGGAUCAGCGUUUCGAGCUCGAGAUGCAACUGAAGACCAACCGGAAGGCCAACGCGGAAUUGCUCUUCUGCCUUCACGAACUCAACCUGAAGCUGCAGGCCGAGGCCUCGGCUUGCAGUAGAAGCAGCUUCAGCAGCAGCAGCAGUAGCAGCUCAUCCAGCGGUUGCAGCAGUGCGAGCAGCACCAUCAGUACCCCCAUUCCGUUCAACUCCCGAACGGAACCGAAGAAGCUCCGGAAACCACCGAAGGAGUCCUAUCCGCCGUCAAUGGCCACAUCAUCCCUCUCAUCGGUGCUAUCGUCAUCCUCAUCGUCGCUGCUCUCGAACGAAAAUAGCAGCAGUAGCAGCAGCAGCAGCAGCAGUAGUAGUAGUAGCUCAUCGUCCACAUCCUGACCGAUGGCAGCGGCGCCAAUCACCGGAGGAAGCCCAGCGACCCUGGCGAUGGCGAUGCUCUCCGGUUCCCUUGCGCAGAAGCGAACGCGCAAGGCACUCAACUGUAUUCGACGGCGUGCAACAACAAAAAUGCAUCGGCUUGCUUCACCCAGGGUGGUGAGCAAGAAGUAGGUUUUAAGGCGACUACCUUAAUUUGUGUCUCUGAGCGUCCUAAGCGUCGCAAAUUGUAUAGAAUUUAAUCAAUGGUUUCCUUUCUCGCGUUGCUUAUCAAGCAGCGCCCACCCAGGGACCGAACGGGACAGAAAGAUUCAAUUGUACAUAGGUAAUAGGCACAGGCUGGUCUUUAGACAGUAGGGGUGAUCGAUUUGUUUUUUUUUUUUCGGUAGGAAUCGUCUUUCUGAUUAUUGUACCCGGCCUGCCCUGGAGUGGGGGCGAGAAUGGAACGGAACAGAACAGAAAACUGCCGCCAUCAAUGAUUUCGAUCCUUCCGCGUUUUUUACGUUAGUAAGAACGAUUAGCGAUUAGUCCCGAAGUGAUUAGUCCUGUUUAGGUAAUUUUUUUUUUAAAUGAAAUCCUAGCCGAGAGGAAAUAUUUAAAUUUUUAGUUGUAGUAGGAGGGAGCAGGUAAAUUUAAGGUACCUAUUGUAAAGGAUAGUAACGUGUCGUGCAAAGUCUGUUUAGGAGAGAAGCAAGCAUUUUUUCUGGAUUGACUUUUUAGGUUUUUUUUUUUUCAACCGAAAUAGUGAGGUUUGCAGAACAAAAAGUGGGGCGUGAAUUCGUUGAUCUCAAUGAGUUUAAGUAGACAAAAUGAUCCAGUUCGGACACGGAAGUGAAAAGUGAGUCAGUAGUGAAAAGAAUCUAUGGCAAAAUUAAUUGUCGACGGGAAGAAGAUCGAAAUGAAAGCAAAUUUAAAAAUUCUAAUUUCAUUUUCGUUCUUUUGUCCCACAAUUUAGAGAGCAAGGCGGGAGAGUAAUAUAAUUAGAAUUAUUUUUAACUAUCGACAAAAUUUAAGAUUUUUUUUUGACGACGAAAUUUCUAUUUUUUUCCGGUGUUUGAGAAAUAAGGUGCAAAGAAUUUUUAUUAAAACCUAUCGCAUUUCAAUUUUGGACGAAGAAAUUUCGAUGUUUUGCUGAUUUCUUCCUCAAUUGUGUUCUAUGUUGUGUUGGAAUAAUAUCGAUAUCAAUAUAAAAAAAAAAACAAAUCUCACCAAAAAACAAGAUCACGCUUGAUUUUCGUAAACAACUACGGUUGAUAUCGCAGCUCGAGAUAUCAAGCUAACAAAACUCACCAGCUGUAGAUCUCACCAAACUGUGGUGAGUUUGAGUUUCAUGAUUUUUGCUUUACACCCGAACGCUACCGAAACCUCCAUAACGGCUGGCAGCAAUCGCUUCGUUUCUGCCAUCGGUGAAGAGAAGAAAGAGGUAGAAUUAUUAUACCUUCUCUUUCUUAGAAAACGAGGUGCAACGGAAUCAUUUUUGCGUCGAUUCAACUCUCAGCUUCAACUUUACACGUUGUGAAUAGUCUCGCAAAAUCAAAGGAGCUUGUAAAAUCAAUAUCAAGCAUGAUACCAACAAUCAAUACGAAACUAUCGAUUUGAAAUUGGCUCACUACUUGACUAGCCUAUUGGUCCCAAGCAAAUCGAUUAACGUACC